GCACUCCACCGUUCAGUCUCUCCCCAAUUUGUUGGGCACCAUACUCUAGUCCCGUCUAUAUACAGAAGAACACUCCAAAGCUCGUCUUUUUCAUUAUCUCUCUCCCAUUCCUCAUCAGACAUCGAGAACACACCAAUCUCUCUCCGGAUCGAUCGAAAAGUCAAUGGCCAAGUACGGCGAAGGCGACAAGCGCUGGAUUGUGGAGGACAGGCCCGACGGUUCCAACGUCCACAACUGGCACUGGGCGGAGACCGACUGCUUAGAGUGGUCCCGUAAUCUCCUAUCCAAGCUGCUCUCCGACCUAACCCUCCUUGACGGCGAUGGGAAUCUCUUCAUCAAGACCAAGAACCUUGAGAAGCUUGACGGAGAGGCCUACGUCAAUGUCCGGAAGGGUAAGAUCAUUCCUGGAUAUGAGCUUAAUCUCUCCCUAUCUUGGGAAGGCGAGGCUAAGGACGCCGACGGCAAAUCCCUCCUCAAAGUCGAUGGAUCCGUCGAAAUCCCCUAUAUCUCCGACGAGAACGCUGAUGAGGAUCCGGAAAUCAAGUUCACAGUUAGGGACGACGGUCCCAUUGGUAAGAGGCUGAAGGAGGCUAUGAUAGCGAAGGGGAAGGAGGUGAUAUUGGAGAAGGUUCGAUUUUAUGUCCAAACUAUGGCCAAGGGUGGGCCUGCUAAGGAUGAAUUGGAGACUAAAAAGGUUGCUCCGAAGGGUCAGGCUCCGGCCAAGAAGGAAGCAGCGGGGUCCUCGCCGGCGGUAGUGGAGAAGAAGGAGAAGAAAAGCAAGGAGGGGUUCAAGACGAUAACAUUGACGGAGAAGUUUAGUUGUAGAGCAAGGGAUAUGUUUGAGAUUUUGAUGGAUGAGAAUAGGUGGAAGGGGUUUACUCAGAGUAAUGCGAGGAUAAGCAAGGAGGUUGGUGGGGAAUUCAGUAUAUUUGACGGGGCUGUGACAGGGACCAAUGUGGAGUUGCAGGAGGGGAAGUUGAUUGUUCAGAAGUGGAGGUUCGGUAGCUGGCCUGAUGGGAUUGUAUCCACGGUAAGACUUACUCUGGAUGAGCCCGAACCUGGGCUUACAAUCGUUAAGUUAACACAGACGGAUAUUCCCGAGGAAGACAGAUAUGGGAAUGCCACUGUGGUGGAGAAUACAGAGAUAGGAUGGAGGGAUCUGAUUUUCCACAAGAUACGUGCAGUUUUUGGUUUUGGCAUAUGAAAUCUUUAGACAAAUAUAUGAAUUGUAGAAUUAUCAUGGAAUUUUUGUUUCUUUCAGCGAUUAAUUAUGAAUUAUUGGCUUUUACUGUUGCAAGUUGUGGUUUAUCAUCAAUGAGCAAUGCCAAUGCAGGUUUAGACUUUGGAUUAAUGAAAGCGAAUAUUAUUGAUCU